UUCGUUUGGGUGCAUUGUGACUUCUGGCUGCAAGUUGCUAUGGUGACAGCCCCAUCACCCCGAGCUGUCACCUGCCCCAUCCAACGCAGCAGGUUGCAUUGUGGCAGUGCUGCUGUGGAUGUGCCAGAACCUAUUAAGACCAGUUUAAGCCAGCCCCAACCUGCCGGUACCGGUACCAGUACUUCCACCAGCACUAUCACCAACAGCAGCAAUGGCAAGCGUGCAUCUGCUAACGGGCAGCAGCCAGCCGCGUCCCGCUACCUGCCCCGCGAGGUGCCUCCACGCUUCCGCCAGCAAGAACAGAAGCAGCUCUUAAAGAGAGGGCAGCCACUGCCCACCGGGACUCUGAGCAGCAGCCCGGCACAAGGCACUGGGCCAGCAGGGGCGAGUCCUCCCCCGCAGCCAGGGGCGGGAGGGCAGCAUCAUCCCAGUAAGACCCAAGCAGAUCUCAGUCACAGUGGAUUGGGAGACCAUUAUGAAAAUUCCCACUGGGGACAGCAGCCCACUUUCAGGAGUGAAGGCAACUGCAGCUGGGAUAAAGUGAUAAUAGACAGGACUGACAAGGAAGCGUGGCCUUCCAUCACAGGAGCUGAGACUGAAUCUGCCUCAGAAUGUACUACAGACACUGACUCUGCCUCCAACUGUGGCUCAGAGAACAGUAGCAUGGCUACAGGGAGUGCCCAAGGCAACUUCACUGGACAUACAAAGAAAACUAAUGGCAAUAAUGGCGCCAACGGAGCACUCGUCCAAAGCACUUCUAACCAGAGUGCCCUUGGAGCUGGUGGAGCCAAUGGUAACGGCAACUCGGCCAGAGUGUGGGGCAUGGCUGCAGGCUCUGGCUCUGGCCUAGCUCACUGCUCUGCCAGCGGUGGGGAUGGCAAGAUGGACAACAUGAUUGGAGAUGGUAGAAGUCAAAACUGCUGGGGUGCUUCCAACUCAAAUGCUGGCAUUAAUCUUAACCUUAACCCUAAUGCCAAUCCAGCUGCCUGGCCUGUACUUGGACAUGAGGGAACUGUGGGAGCAGGCAACCCUUCCAGUAUUUGCAGUCCGGUCAGUGCCAUAGGUCAGAACAUGGGCAACCAGAAUGGGAACCCGACAGGCACCUUAGGUGCUUGGGGAAACUUGCUGCCGCAAGAGAGCACAGAACCACAAACGUCCACUUCUCAGAAUGUGUCUUUCAGCGUACAACCUCAGAACCUUAACACUGAUGGACCAAAUAACACUAACCCCAUGAACUCUUCACCAAACCCUAUCAAUGCAAUGCAGACAAAUGGACUGCCGAACUGGGGGAUGGCUGUUGGUAUGGGGGCCAUCAUCCCGCCCCACCUGCAAGGCCUUCCUGGUGCUAAUGGAACAUCGGUUUCUCAAGUCAGUGGGGGCAGUGGUGAAGGAAUGGGCAGUUCAGUUUGGGGGAUGUCCCCAAGUAAUCCUGCCACAGGAAACAGCAAUUCUGGGUUCAGUCAGGGGAAUGGAGACACUGUGAACUCAGCAUUAAGUGCUAAACAAAAUGGAUCCAGCAGUGCUGUGCAAAAGGAAGGAAAUGGAGCGAGCGCGUGGGAUUCAGGGCCUCCAUCUGGUCCUGGGGUACUGGCGUGGGGCAGGGGCGGUGGCAACAGCGGUGUUGGUAGUAUGCAUUCUGGAGCUUGGGGCCACCCCAGCCGUAAUGCCAGUAACGGUGUCAAUGGUGAAUGGGUCAAGCCCCCGAACCAGCAUUCCAAUAGCGACAUCAAUGGGAAAGGAUCAGCGGGGUGGGAUAGCUCUAGUGUUACCAGUCCGAAUCCUGCCAUGCAGCAGGGCAACGAACAAAUAAACUCUUGGGCCAAAGCUGCAGCGUCCGGCACCACAGCUAGCGAAGGAAGCAACGACAGCGGUGGAAGUCAAAAUGAAGGCAGUACUGGGAGGGAGGGGGCUGCAGAAGGCAGGAGGAGAGACAAAGGGAUGAUAGACCAAGGGCAAGUUCAGUUGCCAAGAAAUGACCUUGACCCCAGGGUCCUGUCCAAUACAGGGUGGGGACAGACCCCUGUAAAGCAAAACACUGCCUGGGAAUUUGAAGAGUCCCCAAGGUCUGAACGAAAGAAUGACAAUGGAACGGAGGCCUGGGGUUGUGCAGCUACUCAAUCUUCAAACUCAGGGGGGAAGAACGAUGGGUCCAUCAUGAACAGUACAAAUACCUCUUCAGUAUCUGGGUGGGUCAACUCCCCACCUGCAGCUGUUCCAACAAAUACAGGUUGGGGAGACAAUAACAACAAAGCACCAAAUGGCCCAGGGGGGUGGGGAGAGUCAGCAAGCUCUACUACUGUUAAUAAUGCUGCUGCUGCCAAAAGCGGCCACACUUGGAGUGGGACCGCAAAUCAGGAGGACAAAUCACCUACAUGGGGUGAACCUCAGAAACCCAAAUCUCAAAACUGGGGAGACGGACAGAAAUCAAAUCCAAGCUGGACUUCAGGAGGUGGAGACUGGACAGAUUCAUCGUCUGUUCCUGGACACUUGGGUGAUGGGAAGAAGAAUGGAUCUGGAUGGGAUUCUGACAAUAGGUCGGGGUCUGGUUGGAAUGAUUCCACGAGGUCUGGGACCAGUGGGUGGGGAAAUGGCACAAACAGCAAGGCUAAUACAGGUACAAGUUGGGGGGAAUCUUUAAAGCCAGGCCCCCAACAAAAUUGGGCUAAUAAACCCCAGGACAACAGUGUGAGUAACUGGGGAGGAGCUGCUUCUGUAAAACAGACGGGGUCGGGGUGGGUUGGUGGGCCAGUGCCAGCCAAACAAAAAGAGAACUGUGAGGCAACUGGCUGGGAAGAGCCAUCUCCACCGUCCAUUCGCCGCAAGAUGGAGAUUGAUGAUGGUACCUCAGCUUGGGGCGACCCAAAUUACAACAACAACAAGACUGUAAACAUGUGGGAUAGAAAUAAUCCUAUCAUUCAGAGCAGUACCGCAACCAACACCACCACCACUAGCACCAUUAUCAACACAAACAUGGUUGAACCUCAGCCAUCGCACCAGUCAAGUGCCCAGCCGAACCGGUCCCCGCUGCUUGGCCCAGCAGGCUGGGGAGAAAUGCCUAACGUCCACACAAAGAGCGAAGCUUCUUGGGGAGAGCCGUCGUCCCCUUCUGCUGCAGUCGAUAACGGCACGUCGGCGUGGGGGAAGCCCCCCAGCAGCGGGACGGGGUGGGGAGAGAGCCCUGCCGAGACAGCAGGGACCUACGGCAGAACAACCGCUCCAGCUGCUGCCCCAGCACUGUGCAAACCAGCUUCAAAAUCUAUGCAAGAAGGCUGGGGCAGUGGUGGGGAUGAAGUGAAUCUCAGUACUAGUCAGUGGGAAGAUGAAGAAGGAGAUAUGUGGAAUAAUACUGCUUCACAAGAGAGCAGCUCCUCCUGUAAUUCCUGGGGGAACGCCCCAAAGAAAGGACUUCAAAAGGGCAUGAAGACAUCUAGCAAGCAAGAUGAGGCCUGGAUCAUGAACCGCCUGAUAAAACAGCUCACAGAUAUGGGCUUCCCUAGAGAACCAGCGGAAGAGGCCUUGAAGAGCAACAAUAUGAAUCUCGAUCAGGCCAUGAGUGCUCUGCUGGAAAAGAAGGUGGAAAUGGACAAGCGUGGAAUGGGAGUGACCGACUAUAAUGGAAUGGUCACCAAACCCCUUGGCUGCCGCCCACCACCAAUCUCCAAAGAGUCUUCCAUGGACCGCCCCACCUUCCUCGACAAGGAUGGCGGCCUAGUGGAAGAGCCCACUACUUCACCAUUUUUGCCUUCACCAAGCCUGAAGCUCCCCCUUUCAAACAGUGCACUCCCUAAUCAGACCCUGGGCGGGAUUGCCUCAGGGCUGGGCAUGCAAAACUUGAAUUCUUCUCGACAGAUACCGAGUGGCAAUCUGGGUAUGUUUGGCAAUAGCGGAGCAGCACAAGCCAGGACCAUGCAACAGCCGCAGCAACCGCCAGUGCAACCUCUUAAUUCAUCCCAGCCUAGUCUUCGUGCUCAAGUGCCUCAGUUUCUAUCCCCUCAGGUUCAAGCACAGCUUUUGCAGUUUGCAGCAAAAAACAUUGGUCUCAACCCUGCACUAUUAACCUCGCCAAUUAAUCCUCAGCAUAUGACGAUGUUGAACCAGCUCUAUCAGCUGCAGCUGGCGUACCAACGUUUACAAAUCCAGCAGCAGAUGUUACAGGCUCAGCGCAAUGUUUCCGGACCCAUGAGACAACAGGAGCAGCAAGUUGCACGUACAAUCAAUAACAUGCAGCAGCAGAUCCAGCAGCACCAGCGCCAGCUGGCCCAGGCCCUGCUCAUGAAGCAGCAGCCUCCCCCUCCACAUCUAUCUUUGCACCCCUCUGCAGGCAAAUCAGCCAUGGAUAGCUUUUCACCCCAUCCCCAGGCUCCCGGCCUUCCUGACCUGCAGACCAAAGAGCAACAGUCUUCACCGAACACCUUUGCUCCUUACCCUCUUGCUGGACUGAACCCGAACAUGAAUGUAAAUAACAUGGACAUUACUGGUGGUUUGUCAGUGAAGGACACUUCUCAGUCCCAGUCUCGCCUUCCUCAGUGGACACACCCCAACUCAAUGGAUAAUCUGUCUAGUGCUGCUUCUUCCCUUGACCAGAACUCCAGCAAGCACGGUGCUAUACCUGGAGGUUUAAGUAUUGGCCCUCCGGGAAAGUCCUCCAUUGAUGACUCUUACGGCCGGUAUGAUCUGAUUCAGAACAGUGAGUCGCCCGCCAGCCCACCCGUAGCUGUUCCUCACAGCUGGUCACGUGCCAAAACCGAUAGUGAUAAAAUUUCCAAUGGCUCCAGCAUAAACUGGCCACCAGAAUUUCAUCCAGGAGUGCCAUGGAAAGGACUACAGAAUAUUGAUCCUGAAAAUGACCCUGAUGUUACUCCUGGAAGCGUUCCCACUGGGCCCACCAUAAACACCACCAUACAGGAUGUUAAUCGCUAUCUUCUCAAGAGUGGAGGGUCAUCCCCAACAUCAUCUCAGAAUGCCACGCUGCCUUCAUCGAGUGCCUGGCCGCUUAGUGCCUCCGGCUACAGUAGCUCUUUCAGCAGCAUUGCAUCCGCACCUAGCAUUGCAGGUAAACUGUCAGACAUCAAGUCUACGUGGUCCUCCGGCCCGAUCUCUCACACACAAGCCUCUCUGUCCCAUGAACUAUGGAAGGUACCCAGAAACACUACUGCUCCUACCAGACCACCGCCGGGCUUAACCAACACCAAGCCAUCGUCGACGUGGGGUGCCAGUCCCCUGGGCUGGACCAGCUCUUACUCCUCUGGUUCUGCGUGGAGUACUGACAGCUCAGGGAGGACAAGCAGCUGGCUGGUUCUUCGCAACCUCACGCCCCAGAUUGAUGGCUCCACGCUGCGGACGCUGUGUUUGCAGCAUGGCCCUCUGAUAACAUUCCACCUGAACCUGACGCAAGGCAAUGCUGUGGUCCGAUACAGUUCCAAGGAAGAAGCAGCCAAGGCCCAAAAGUCUCUGCAUAUGUGUGUCCUGGGAAACACUACCAUCCUGGCCGAGUUCGCUGGCGAGGAGGAGGUGAACCGCUUCCUAGCGCAGGGCCAGGCGCUGCCGCCCACCUCCAGCUGGCAGUCCAACGCCGGCAGCACGCAGCCGCGCCUGGGCUCGGCCGGCUCCCACGGGCUGGUGCGGGGCGACGCCGGGCACUGGAACAGCCCCUGCCUGGGGGGCAAGGGCAGCAGCGAGCUGCUGUGGGGCGGCGUGCCCCAAUACUCCAGCAGCCUCUGGGGGCCCCCCAGCGCCGACGACGGCCGAGUGAUCGGGAGCCCCACGCCUCUGAAUACUCUUCUUCCGGGGGAUCUUCUCAGCGGGGAGUCCAUCUAGGAAACGGAGAGAAACCAAGUGGAAAUAACAAUCAUCAGCACUAAAGGAAAAAAUACAGUUGUAACCCUUUCCAGUCCCGGGCUCGAUGAAGAAUCCAGCUUUAACCGAUCAGACUGGCAGCCCUUUUUUUGUUUUUUUUUGUUUUUUUUAGUACCUCUGUCCAAUAUCGACUAUGAAACUGCAGAAGUCCUUGUGAACUGUUAAUGCAACAGUAUGGGCUCCUUUUGGUCAGUGUCACGUGCUAAUGGCAGGUUAUAUUUUUUUCAUGGCUUUUUGUUUUAUGUCGUCUUUUUAUGUUUGUAUGGUGAUUUUAAAAAAACAAACUAUAAAAGCUGCUUAGAAUAGGUCUAUCA